AUGAGGGUGUUGAAAGGGUUCGAGGGUGGAUACAGAUACGAGGUGGCUAGGAGUAGCGUUCAAGGAGAGGGAUGCCAGCUCAUCUCCUCUUAUCCGCACCCGCCAUCUCCUACUUCGCUGCUGCGCGACGCCAUGAGUGCGGAGAAUACAACGGUUUUUAUAGCCGAGAGAUUCACCACGACGGACUCGAACAUGAAUUUGACUACUGCCCGACUUACCAUAUCCCUUCGUGCCCGUUGUCAUAUACGUGAGCAGCCGGUCUUCUACCUUCGCAAGACCGGAAAAUGGCAUCGCUCGCCGUCGUCUGCGUUUAUGGAGGGAUGCCAAAUUGGCGUAGAGCUGCACACGUGUAGUCGCCGCCUCGACAUCCUCCCCACCAGCAACAUCCUCGCCCGGUUCCUCCUGCCUAAUUUCUCCAAUAUAGGCGUCCCAACCGACAUAUGCACUCCCUCCGCCCAUCGUCAAUGGGCGAUCGUGCUACACCUACUCUCCAACACCCCCGUACCAACUUGCAACGCCUGUAGCUACGCUCCGGGGCCCUCUGCGCCGGCCCCUAAGAGUAAAGAUUCGCCACAAGAUCUUUCAUCAACACUGGCGUCGAUUUCAAAGUUAACAGACUUCAUUCGACGCAACGAUCUCAAAUUAAGCAUCUGCGCCCGCGAAUGCAACAUCUGCGCCCGCGAAUGCAACAUCUGCGCCCGCGAAUGCAACAUCUGCAAAUGGUGCGACUAUCAAACUACGACCAACCCCAUCAGCGCCGACCUCGCCUCAACCUCAACGCCAACACCAACGUCCAACGCCUCGACUUCCUCGACUUCCAUAACCCGCAAACGUCAACCUCCGCGUCCACGUCUUAGACGCUAUGUUGUGGGGUCGUUCGCGUGUAUUGGAGGAGGUCUGUUCGGUCUCGACAUCUCCUCGAUGUCCGGGGUGUUAAACAAUCACUCCUACCUUAGCACCUUUGGCUUCCCAGGCCCUUCAGCACAAGGGGCCAUCGUUGCCUCUAUGCCAGCUGGAUCUCUCAUCGGCGCCCUCUCCGUAACGCAACUCGCUGACAGAAUUGGGAGGAAGAGGACUAUCAUUCUCGCUGGUAUAAUCUGGGUCAUCGGCUCCAUCCUUCAAUGCGCCGCCGUCAAUCGCGGCAUGCUCGUCGUAGGGCGCAUCGUCUCCGGCAUGUCGGUCGGGCUCUCCUCCGCCGUCGUCCCUAUCUACCAAUCCGAGAUCACUGCACCGUCCAUCCGUGGCCGUAUGGUCUCGCUACAGCAGUGGUCGAUCACCUGGGGUAUUCUCAUCCAGUACUUCAUCCAGUUCGGGUGCUCGUACAUUGACGGUGUGGCGUCGUUCCGCAUCCCAUGGGGCUUGCAAAUGAUACCUGCGAUCGUGCUGAGUGCUGGGAUGACGGUGUUUCCAGAGAGUCCGCGUUUCUUGUUUGACCACGGACACGAGGAUGACGCUCUGCAAGUGCUCGCCGACCUUCAUGGUGGAGGAGACAAGAAUCACGAGCUUGUCGUCCUUGAGUACGAGGAAAUUAAACAACAGGGACGGAAGGGCGCCGAGAGUCCGGACGAGAAGCACUCUGCGGAAGCAUAG